AUACAGCUCAUCACCGCAAGGCACAAAGGAAAAAAAGAUUGUAUAGUUGUACAUGGCUCCCCUCUCUUGUUCCAUCCACGACCCAAAUCAAACGCCUUGGAAGCAUCGGUGCAGAAGCAGCGACCUGUUUAACCGCGCUGCUGCACAGGAGGAGGACCAGCUCUUCAAGGCCUGCGAAGAAGAAGAAGAAGAAAUUGUAAUGCGCGAGUGUUCAGUGUACAGUAUUGUAGGGCAAAACAAGGGUUUUGUCGAGUUCGCGCAUAAACCCUAAGAUGAUGAUGAAAUGAGGGCUCGUUUCAGCGCGGGCAAACAUGUCGAGACAUCCUUCCUCCUCGCAUUUUCACAAAUCGAAGACUCUCAACGACAAAUAUAUUCUGGGAGAUGAAAUUGGUAAAGGAGCUUAUGGGCGUGUCUAUAAAGGCUUGGACUUGGAGAAUGGAGAUUUUGUUGCAAUCAAGCAGGUGUCUUUGGAAAAUAUUCCUCAAGAGGAUCUUAACAUCAUCAUGCAAGAGAUUGAUCUUCUGAAGAAUUUGAAUCAUAAAAACAUUGUGAAGUAUAGGGGUUCCUUUAAGACAAAAACACACUUGUACAUAAUUCUUGAGUAUGUAGAAAAUGGAUCUCUUGCCAGCAUUAUCAAGCCCAAUAAGUUUGGAGCUUUUCCUGAAUCCCUUGUUGCUGUGUACAUUGCGCAGGUUUUGGAAGGCUUGGUUUAUCUUCAUGAACAAGGUGUCAUUCAUAGGGAUAUCAAGGGCGCAAACAUCUUGACAACAAAAGAGGGUUUGGUAAAACUUGCUGACUUUGGCGUUGCAACAAAAUUAACCGAGGCUGACCUUAAUACUCAUUCGGUUGUUGGAACACCUUAUUGGAUGGCACCUGAGGUUAUUGAGAUGUCAGGAGUAAGUGCUGCAUCUGAUAUUUGGAGUGUAGGUUGUACGGUUAUAGAGCUCCUCACUUGUGUACCUCCAUAUUAUGAUCUUCAACCAAUGCCUGCCCUUUUUCGGAUUGUUCAGGAUGAGCAUCCUCCCAUACCUGAGCAUUUGUCGCCUGGCAUCACAGAUUUUCUGCAUCAGUGCUUCCGCAAGGAUGCAAAAUUAAGACCUGACGCAAAAACUCUCUUGAUGCAUCCAUGGAUACAAAAUUCAAGACGUGCUUUACAAUCCUCACUCCAGCGGACAGGUGGACGAAUCAGGAAUAUACCCCAAGAUGUUUCAACAGUUGUGGAGAGAACAAUUGAAGAUGGGGAAAAUGAACGAAGACCAUCUGCAGAGAAUAUAAGGAGGGAGCUGUUUGAGUCAGCAUUUGAAGAAAAUACAGUUGCACAAUCAGCAAUAAAUGAUAUAAGCACUAAUGGAUCAAUCAAUGGUGACAGCGAUAGACAAGGGUCGCCUUUAACAUCUCCAAAGCUUUCCACUCUGAGUUCCACCAAUACUGACAGUGAGAGUGACCAAGUCUCAGCACAAGAGGCAACAUUGGCUAUACCUGAAAAACUGUUAAUGAAUUCCAAUUCCUAUCUGCCAGGGUUUCCUUCAGAAGAAACACCAAAAUGUGCUGCAGAAUCAUUGUUGAUAACAACUUCGUCUAAUGCCAAGAGUCGGGAUGAAAUUACUAUUUGCAAAAAGCAAGACUCUCCAACAUCCAAUGGCAAUUUGGAGAUGAAUGUUAAAGUUCUUUCUACAGAGAGAAAUCACUUGUCAUCACAUGAUUAUAAAGCUGUAGACAGUUAUGAGCAAAAGGCUGUAGAAUCUAAACUUCCGAAGCUGGCUAUAAGUUCAACAUCGCCUUCAAUGCUAAGUAAGUUCAGUGAUACGGCUGCGGACGGCUCCUUAGAUGACUUAUUUGAGGAGCCUCAAGAAGCAAAAAGUGCAGAACCAUCUACCUCAGCUACCACACCUGUUUCUCGGAUGAAUUUGGGUAGUUCAAAUUUAUCCGAGUAUGGAAAAAAUGAUCUAGCAGAAAAAUUGAGAGAAAGGAUGGCUCAGAAGCAAAUAGAUGGUAGAGGAGAAAGGAAAAAUGGAAAUGCUUUAUUUGAUUUGAUGUUGGAUGUUGUUAAAGAGGAUGGCAUUGGAAUAAGUGGACUUGGCUUUGAGGGAAAAAUGGCAGGCAGGGAUAUUUUCCCUAUACAGGCUGUAGAAGUCAGCAGAUUGAUUAGCCUGUUGAAACCAGAACAAUCUGAGGAUAUGGUUGUGUCGGCAUGCCAGAAACUUGUUGCAAUGUUUCAGGAUUGUCCUGACCAGAAAAUAAUAUUUUUUAGUCAGCAUGGGUUAAUGCCUUUAAUGGAAAUGCUUGAAGUGGCUAACAAUCGUGUUAUAAAUUCUGUGUUGCAAAUUCUUAAUCAGCUCAUCAAAGACAAUGCAGCUUUCCAAGAGAAUGCUUGCCUUAUUGGUCUUAUUCCAGUUAUCAUGAAGUUUGCUCAACCGGACAACUCAAGGGAAAUCCGUAUGCAGGCAGCAUAUUUUGUACAACAGUUGUGUCAAACAAGUCCACUGACAUUGCAGAUGUUCAUUGCAUGUGGGGGGUUGCCUGUGUUAGUUGGGUUUCUGGAACCAGAUUAUGCGAAGUACAGGGAAAUGGUACAUUUGGCAAUUGAUGGCAUGUGGCAAGUCUUCAAGCUCCAGAGUCCUACUCCCAGGAAUGAUUUCUGUCGAAUAUCUGCUAAGAAUGGCAUCCUAAUUAGGCUCGUUAAUACCCUUCACAACUUGAAUGAAGCAACACGACUUGACUCCGCAGCUGGUGGUGGUGCAACUUCUUCUCUAACAGAUGGUGUUACACAACAAUCACGGUCAGGUCCACUUGAGCCUUUCCGUCAUGCUCUGGGAUAUCGUGAUGCAGCUCAACCAUUCUCUGGUCAGCUAGAUCCUGCAAAGGUUAGGUCUGGGCCUCUUGACCCCCACUAUAUGCCAACAGUAACUCUAGAGCCUUCACAGAUGUCGAUAUCACAGUCUCAAAGGUCAGAUUUAAGUCAUUUUGAUUCAAGAUAUAGCCCAGGUCAAACAGAAAAGUCACAUUCAGCGUCAGGAGUAUUAGAACCUUCAUUAGUUACUAAUUCCUCAGAGCCUGCAGAAAAUGUUUUGUCUUCCAUGGGAAAAGAACCACUGUUAGGUUUGUCUAAGGAUCAUGAACAGUUUGAUUCAGGACGUCAAGAGCCCUCUCGCUUUGAUGCUGAUACAGUAAGGCAACACCGAGGAACGCUAUCAGCACAAAGAUUUAGCACGGAUCAGUCAUGGAAACAGAUUCCUCGGUCUUCAAAUGGGCUAGCUGGAACUGCACAAAUUUCAUCAUCUCAGCAUGAGUCGGUGCAGCCGUUGAUGAGCCUAUUGGAAAAGGAACCACCCUCUAGGCAUGUAUCAGGCCAGCUUGAAUAUAUUCGUUAUCUCUCAGGAGGGUUUGAAAGACAUGAAAGUAUCUUGCCUCUUCUAGAACAUGCAUCAGCAGAAAGAAAGACAAAUGGUGAACUGGAUUAUCUAAUGUCUGCAUUUGCAGAUAUUUCAGAGAAUGGUAGAGAUAAUGGAACUGUUGAGUUGAGUUCAAAAUUGUCACCAAAAUCAAACAAAAAGAAUGGACCGCCAGUGAGUGGAAAUGGCACAGUUGCUGGGGAGGCAAUUGCUUCCACAUCUGGGCUUGCCUCACAGACAGCAUCAGGUGUUCUCUCUGGGUCUGGAGUUCUGAAUGCAAGGCCUGGGAGUGCAACAUCAUCGGGCAUACUUUCUCAGAUGGUACCAAUACUUGAUGCUGAAGUUGCAAGAGAAUACUUGGUGAAAGUAGCAGACCUCCUGCUGGAAUUUUCUCGAGCAGACACAACAGUCAAGCUAAGUAUGUGCAGCCCAGGCUUGCUAGUUCGCCUCUUCCAGAUGCUUAAUAAGUUUGAAUCUCCUAUUCUUUUAAAGAUUUUGAAAUGCAUCAAUCAGUUAUCAACUGAUCCAACUUGUUUAGACUAUCUGCAACGGGCAGAUGCAAUGAAGCAUCUUAUCCCUCACCUUGAGCAUCAUGAUGGACAUCUUGUUUCUCAAAUACAUAGUGAAGCACUCAAUGCGUUAUACAGUCUUUGUAAGAUAAACAAGAGAAGACAAGAACAAGCAGCAGAAAAUGGCAUCAUUCCACAUUUAAUGCACUUCAUUGUUACAGACUCUCACUUAAAGCAGACUUCUUUGCCUUUACUCUGUGAUAUGGCUCAUGCUUCUCGCUAUACCAGGGAGCAACUGCGAAUGCACAAUGGCUUGGAUGUUUAUUUGAGCUUACUGGAUGAUGAAGUUUGGGCAGUGACUGCGCUGGACUCACUUGCAGUUUGUCUAGCUCAUGAUAAUGAUCAUCGGAAAGUUGAGCAAGCAUUGCUCAAGAAGGAAGCUGUCCAGAAGUUGGUCACUUUCUUUGAGCGUUGCAGUGAACAAUCUUUUGUCCAUAUACUUGAGCCAUUUCUUAAGAUAAUCACAAAAUCUGCUCGUAUAAAUACAACACUAGCUGUUAAUGGACUGACUCCAUUACUUGUGGGAAGGCUUGAUCAUCAAGAUGCGAUUGCUCGACUCAAUCUACUGAAGCUGAUAAAGGCUGUCUAUGAGCAUCAUCCUCGGCCUAAGCAACUUAUAGUUGAGAAUGCUUUGCCCCUUAAGCUACAAAGCCUUAUUGAAGAACGGAGGGAUGGAGAGCGCUCUGGCGGUCAGGUGCUUGUAAAACAAAUGGCAACUGCCCUGUUAAAGGCUCUCCACAUUAACACUGUUCUGUAAUGAAGUUAUUGAUGUCUCAUAUGAUAUUCAAGAGAAAGUUGUGGUCUUGUAUUAUGUAUCUAUUUUUUGUGUAUGUUCAUUGAGAACAGUUAUAAUGAAAAUUUUUGUAGGUAUGAAAUCAGAUAGGUAGUGCUUCACUAUCUUUGUUGUAAAAAGCCCUUGUAAAAAGGAACCGUGAUGUGUAUACUUUGAAGGUGUUAAUAUUAACACCAUUGUAUAAUAAUUGGACGAGCAGGUAUGCGUAUUAAUGUAAUAUAACAAAUUGUUCUCAAGUGCUUUCAGGUCAAUGGAAGCUUAAUACUCUUCUAAAGUGAGGCAAAUAAGGGCCAGGUUUGGUCUUCCUCUGCUUACCGAGUAUUAAUGAAACAGCCAUAUCGCCAUAUCUCCUUGGAGAUAUGGCAUCUCUGACGUACAACUCAUAACUGACUGCUUGACCAUAUCAAAUCCAGUGUUGACAAUAGUUCUUGUUAAAUGUUUAUUCUAGUUUGUGUAGCUUUGUUUAAA